CUCGGAGAUUUGGAAUUGGCAGCAGCAAAAUGCGCGUGAUCAUCGGCGACGAGACGGGCUUGGUGAAGAGCGUGGGCCUCGAGGCCAACACGGCGCAGGUGCUCGGCUCGACGACGCAGAGCCGCGCGACGUCGGCCAAGUACCUCGCAUGGACGGCUGACAACGACGUCGUCAUCGGGCGUGUCAAUGGCCACGUCGACUGCGUCGCGGCCGACGGCGCCGACGCGCCGUGGAGCUUUAAGUCCAAAGGCGCGCCUGUCGGCAUGGGCGUGCUCCGUGAGUUCGGCUCGAUUGUGCGCUGCAACGUCGAGGGCCUCGUCGAGAUUGUGCACCCGCUGAACAUCAAGCCCAAUCCCGCGUCCUUCAGCGUCGGCCACGACAUCCAUACGCUCCGCGUCGACCCGUUGAGCUCCAAGACGAUUGCGAUUGGUGGCAAGGAGCGUGACUUGAACCUCUGGGAUCUCGAGACGCAGACCGCGAUCUUCAAGGCCAAGAACGUGACGCACGAUGACCUCGAUAUGCGUGUGCCCGUGUGGGUCAAGUGCAUGGCGUUCCUGCCGCCGAGCGAAGGCCACCGCCUUGUUGUGGGCACGGGCCACCACCAGAUCCGCAUCUACGACACGGCGACGAAGCGUCGCCCGGUCCAGGAAACCUUGUUUGGCGAGCUCCCGAUCACGUCGCUCGCUGUGCAGGACCACCGCGUCAUUUUCGGCGACACGGCCGGCAACAUCAACGCGCUGGAUCUCCGCAACAUGAAGCACCUCGGCCGGUACCAUGGGCCCGUCGGUGCAAUCCGCGAUAUUGCGCUGCACCCGACGCUGCCGUACAUGGCCGCUGUCGGUCUCGACCGCAUGGUCCACGUGUACCAUACCGAGACGCGCAAGAACGUCCAUACGUACUACGCCAAGCAACGCCUGAACGCUGUUCUCUUCACGGACGAAAUCGUCAAGCCGAUGCCGGUGCACGUCGAGAAGGCGUCGACGGACGAGGGCGCGGACGACGACGCCGAGAUGAGCGUCGACGAAGACGAAGAAGAGUAUGAGGGUCUUGAAAUUGACGGCAGCGACGACGACGAUGAAGAUGAUGAUGAGGAUGAUGACGACGACGACGAAGACAUGGACUAGAGGCGCACAGUCAUGGCGCGUUGACUACAAAAUAUAGAUUUUAUUCCUAUUAUCCUA